AUGUCUCUUGUCUGUGCCCUCUUGGCCUUGACCCUGGCACUCGUCCUUUCGCCCACCGCUGUCGAUGCUGCCCCCUCCGACAUCAUCGAGACCUGCAUCCACAACGGCUGCAGCAAUGUCUUUUCGAUGCUCGGCCCCUGCGGAGGAGGGGCCACCAACGAGACCCUCCAGCAGUCGCUCAUCUUCACGCCAACACAGUCCCUCGGUGGAUGCCAAUGCAACACUGUUUUUUACAACGACUUCUCUUCUUGUCUUUCCUGCAUCGCAUCCCAGGGAGAGUCCUCCCCCGAGAUCCAAAAUCAGCAGGACUGGAACGCGAACUGUGAAAGCUAUGGCUUCAACGUCACAUACCUCCCUGUCGUCAACUCGACUAGCGGUAUCAAUAACGGCGACAGUGGCAACAGCAGCAGUGGAGGAAGUGGAGGGUUGAGCACGGGAGCGAUUGUAGGGAUCGUGGUAGGCGUCCUUGUUGUUGCUGCCUUGGUGGGCGCCUUCCUGAUUGUCAGGAGACGCAAUCAAAGGCAGGAAAAGUCCGCCGUUUUUGAGCAGGCAGGUGGUUCACCCAAUGGAUCUGACCAUUACAAUCAUGCAGCCGCAACAGCCGAUACAGCCGACCACAUCAACUACAACGACAAUCACGCCUAUUCGCAGGAGCAGCAGCAGCAGGAUUACCCCGCAUCGUACCACUACCAGGAUCCUUCCUCCAAUUCGCAGCACUACCAGAGCAACAACUCGUACGCAGCUCAACAUGCUCCAGACAACUACCAUUCGAACGAUUACACCAACGACAAUGUCAACGGCAACGGCAACAGCUACUUCGAUACGUCCAACAGCGUCGGUCCUCAUGAGACCAUGAUGUUGCAGAACCUGAACACCAACCAGGGUAAUGACGAAUACGUGCCCCCUCCACCACACCCAGCCUCGCCAAACCGCGAGGCCUACGCCACCUCGCCCCGAUCUUCCGAUACAUUCCCUCAGAGUCUCCGUAACAAACCCAAGUCUUGGGGCACACCUGCAACAUCAUACGUUACGCAACCUCUGGAAUUGACUUCGGGACUGAUCGCGACCGAACAGCAGCAUCCCUUCAGCAACCAUCAACACCAGGGUUCCUCUUCGCAAUUCAACGACAAGACCGAGUAUGACGAUGGCGAGGAAUUGGAGCCGCCCGCACCUUACUCGAACGAGUUUGUGCCUAGACGGUCGAUGACACCUCCUCGAGCGACGAUGCAAUCUUAUCGUGACGAGUUUAACCGACCCAGCUUUGAACGCGAGCCAAGGCGUAGUGGCUCUGACCGAGGAUCCAUCUCGGGUGCCGCCAAUGGGUCCAACAGUGGGUAUGGCUUCAACAACAACAGCAACAGCCAUGUCGAUUAUGAUCAGCAGGGCGAGCAACUGGACCUUUCGAGGGCUUCGCAGGAUAGUCCUGAGAGUGCCCGUCGUCGUGCGCGUGCCGCGGAACUCUUCUCGGCUGAGGGCACUCGUCGGUAG